AUGGCUGAGACGAGUGAAGCUCAGGCAAGUGCGUCGGCGCCUGGUGGAGAUGCUGGAGGCGAAGAUGAUAAACGCGACGAGCGUAUGCUGGAGUGCAACAUCUGCCUAGACACAGCUCGCGAUGCUGUGGUGAGCAUGUGCGGCCAUCUCUUUUGCUGGCCCUGCUUACACCAAUGGCUAGAGACACGGCCUAGUCGGCAAGUAUGCCCAGUUUGCAAAGCGGCCAUUAGCAGGGAGAAAGUGAUACCAUUGUACGGAAGGGGGAAUACCAAGCAGGAGGAUCCUAGAAAUAAGGUGCCACCGCGGCCGGCGGGCCAGCGCACGGAGCCCGAGAACAGCGGCGGCUUCCCCGGGUUCGGGUUCGGCGAGGGCUUCCACAUGUCCUUCGGCAUAGGCGCCUUCCCGUUCGGCGUGUUCACGUCCACCUUCAACUUCGGAGACCCGAGGCCCAGUGCAGCCCCCCGUGGCACGGCGCAGUACGAGGAGGAGCAGUUCCUGUCGAAGAUCUUCCUCUGGGUGGCCAUACUGUUCGUGCUGUGGCUGAUCUUCGCG